AUGAAGUUGCUGAGCUGGAAUAUUAGAGGAAUUGGGAGGCCUGCAAAGAGAAGGAAAAUAAGGAAGCUCCUUCUUGAUAAAACAAUAGAUAUGGUCUUGCUUCAAGAAACAAAACAAUCAAGCACUAAUAUUUUAUGGGUGAAGAGUAUUUGGCCCAGAGACAAGUUCGAAUUUAUGGCUGUGGAUGCUGAAGGUCUAGCAGGUGGUUUGAUCUGCAUUUGGGACCCGGAUUUUUUCCACCUUUCAGACUGUUGUUGCAACAGAAGCUUCAUCCUUCUGUCAGGUAAAAUCCAAAACUCUUUUGAUUGUGUAAUUACCAACAUCUAUGCUUCAAAUGAUGUAGUAAGAAGGAAGGAAUUAUGGGUGACCCUACUAAACCUAAAACAUUCUUUCCCAAAACCAUGGUGCCUUGGGGGGGACUUUAAUGAAAUCAGAACAGUAGGGGAAAGGAUAGGGAUCUCAUGCAGGGACAGGGGCAUGAAGGAAUUCAACCAAUUCAUAGAUAAUUGUGAGUUGGUGGAUGUACCAAUGAUAGGUAGAAAAUUCACUUGGUGCAAUGCUUUGGAUGGGAAUAAAUGGAGUAGAAUUGACAGGUUUCUCAUUAGCUCUGAGUGGUUGGUGAGGUUCAAACUCAUUCUCUGGGGCCUCUCCAGAACGGUCUCUGACCACUGCCCACUUGUACUUAUAGAGGAUGGUAGGGAUUGGGGGCCUAAACCAUACAAGUUUCUAAAUGCUUGGCUCUUACACCCAAACCUAGCUUCUAUAGUGGAGACCACUUGGAGGGAAACACAGUUGCAGGGGUCAGAUGGAUUCCUCCUAAAAAAGAAGCUGCAGGCUAUGAAAAUGGCAUUAAAAAAGUGGAGCAAAGAAGUCUAUGGUAAUGUUGCGAACAAGCUAAAAGAUACAGAAUCUGUCAUACAUGAACUUGAUUUAUUAGCUGAAAUAAGGCCCUUGGAAGAGUCAGAGUUGACGCUACUAAGAGAGAAAAGAAAUGAAAAGUGGUCACUAAACAGGAAGCUGGAAUGGGAGUGGCUCCAAAAGUCGAGGAUGGACUGGACAUUAAAAGGCGACAGGAACACCAAAUUUUUCCAUGCAAUGGCAAGUAGUAGGCAAGCUAGAAACACCAUCAAUUCCAUUACAGUAGGGAAUGCGUCUUUUGAGGAGCCAAAUGCUGUCAAGCAAGAGGUAUGGAAUCAUUUCUUUAAAUCUAUAUUAUAUAUCAAAUUCUAG